AUGAGUCCAGGAAGCCCGGGACGACACCACGGUGGCCCCAAGGACGCCGCCCGCUUUCUGAGCUGCUACUGCUCGGGUUCCUACUUUGGCAGUGGCCCACUGGCUGGCGUUCCUUAUAUCAAUGACCGUAUGCUGCUGCACUCUCAUCUGCAUCACAGUAGUCUGUUACUACAGGUACAAGUGGCAACGGAGCGGCAGCAGUACCACCGUGACCUGGAGCAGGACGAGGCCUUCAUCCUGUGGAGAGGUCUCUCAAAGAACCUCAUCAACCAGUGUCAGUCUUCUGGCAGUGGCUCUGGGCUCCCCCUGCUGUGCAGCGCACCAUUGCCAAAGCAGAAUCCAGAUGGUGCGUCAGAUCGGCAAGGGGCGCUUACGGUGAGGUGUGCUGGGGCCGCUGGCGGGGGAGAGAAGGUGGCCGUCAAGGUGUUCUUCACCCGGGAGGAGGCCAGCUGGUUCAGAAGAGACCGAGAUCUACCAGACAGCCUCAUGAGGCACGAGAACAUACUGGGUUUCAUAGCGGCAGACAUCAAGGGUACCGGGGCCUUCACCCAGCUCUUCCUCAUCACAGACUACCAUGAGAACGGCUCCCUGUACGACUACCUGAGGUUCACCACGCUGGACACCCAGAGCCUGCUGCGACUGGCCUACUCCGCCGCCUGCGGCCUGUGCCACCUCCACACGGAGAUCUACGGCACCCAGGGCAAGCCGGCCAUCGCCCACCGAGACCUGAAGAGCAAGAACAUCCUGAUGAAGAAGAACGGCACCUGCUGCAUCGCCGACCUGGGCCUGGCCGUCAAGUUCAACAGUGAUACCAACGAGGUAGACGUCCCACUGAGUACACGGGUGGGGACCCGGAGGUACAUGGCCCCAGAGGUGCUGGCCGAGACUCUGAACAAGAACCACUUCCAGGCCUACAUCAUGGCUGAUAUAUAUAGCUACGGCCUCGUCAUCUGGGAGAUUGCCCGCCGCUGUAUAACAGGAGGUAUAGUGGAGGAUCACCAGCUGCCAUACUAUGAGAUGGUACCGUCAGACCCGUCCUUUGAGGACAUGCUGGAGGUGGUGUGUGUCAAAGGGCUGCGGCCCACCGUGUCCAACAGGUGGAACGGUGAUGAGUGUCUGAGAACCAUGCUGAAGCUGAUGUCUGAGUGCUGGGCCCACAACCCCGCCUCACGCCUUACCAUCUUACGAGUCAAGAAAACCCUGGCCAAAAUGGUGGAAUCACAGGACAUCAAAAUGUGA